ACAGUCCCGGAGGUCUAAUUUGUUCCAUUGAAGGUGUUGAUCGGAAAUUUGUUAAUUAAAUUUAGGGUUUUCCUGCCAACCGGACCGAGUCGCAUAGUAUUUGCCUAUGUGAAUUAGGGCAACCAACCAACAGCGUCGCGAAAAUGUCUUACAAUGUGGAAGAAAUGAGUUGGUCGGAUGUACGGAAUUUGUUCCGAAAGUGGCGAGACGAUAAUGAAAGGAAGAGCGAAGACGUUAUGCAGCUUUGGGAUGCCAUACUGUCUAGCAAACAGGGCAAGCUCGGGAACGAACGUCACCUGGUGCUAGAGCAGGUUAUUAUCGCGGCCCUCGAUUGCAACCGCGUCGAAACGGCAGAACAUUGUGUUAGCAUACUUUCUGCCGAGUUUCCCGGCAGCCUACGCAUACAGAAGUACCGAGCGAUGUUGCUCGAAGGGCUAGAAAGGUAUGAUGACGCUCUCGACGAGUUGGAACACAUUAUUCGGAAAGAUGAAACGAAUGCGGCACCUCGGAAACGCAAGGUGGCCCUCCUCAAGGCGCAAGGGCGUACUGCGGAGGCAAUCAAAGAGUUGUGUGAGUACAUGAAAAUCUUCAUGUCCGACCAAGAAGGUUGGCAUGAACUGUGCAAUUUGUAUCUGGCGGAGAGUGAAUAUGCUAAAGCUGCGUUUUGCAUGGAGGAACUGCUUCUUCACAAUCCACACAGUCAUUUGAUCCACCAGCGACUGGCCGAUAUUCGUUACACGAUGGGAGGUCUCGAUAACAUCGAGAUGGCCAAAACUCACUACUGCAAAGCGGUGAAAUUGAAUGUUAACAAUCUACGGGCCUUAUAUGGACUAUUUUUGUGCUGUGGGCACAUCACCAACUCCAAGGCCGCCAUUGCAAAGCGAAAGGAGGCACAGAAACUAGCACAAUGGGUCAUGGGACAGAUUCAGUCACGCACCGAACUCUCUGCGAAAGAUACCAAAAUGACCCAAACCAAAUCGGGUAAAUGUGGAAUCGACAGCAAUGGCGAACUACGAGCGCUGGAGCAAGCGUUUGGUGGUUUGGAUGUUGGAAAGUUGACUAAUUGACCAAUUUAUCCUGAAAUCAUCCCCAAUAGUGUGUAUGAAUCAUCGUUGAUCGAUAUAAUUAUUGAAGUUCAUUCUUUUAUCACACCUAGACGGCGCACUUGCUAUACACUACUUGCUAGUCCUAUCUAAUUUCACUUUCAAAGGUAUGCUAACGAUAUGAAAAAGCUCUGAAAAUUUAUUAUGUUCGAGUUUUUUGAAACCCAUCGAUUUAAAAGCGACGAAAUAGUAACGCAGCCAAUAGAAUCGCAAUUUUCCUUACCAAUGGGAUCGAUUAAUCUUCAUUCGUUAUGAGUUUAUAUCGUUUAUUCAAAUUACUGUAGAUGUCGAUAAUAGAAUGCAAAGUACGUAUUGUUCGUAAGGUAAGGAGAGAAAUGCAAAUUUUUACGUUGAUUGAAGGGUAAAUAAAAUUUUGGAUUGAUUUAGUAUCUAAUUGGCUCUUAUUAAAUUGUAUGGUAAAUCAAUUGAAUGAAUCUUAAUGAAGCUUUUAAGAAGUGUGAAGUUUUAUUUGCGCCAAUCUCAAUUAUAAUGCUUAUUGACUUAACUUGGAUAUUUCCAUUGCUUUGCUAUCGAACUGGAUAAGUAUCACGACGUAGGUACUAAUGUAACCAA